AUGAAGCUAGUGUUGUAUUUCAUCCAGCUCAGUCCUGACACUGCGUCAGCUUCAAAAAUAAUAGCUCGUCGCAUUUCACAGUCGGUCAUUCGAGUAUAUCGAAUGUCUUUUUACGUCGCCGAUACAGCAUUGGAAUCGCGUGCGGAUACUUUGACUCAUUGA